UCGCUCCUCUCAAUCAGAACAAAAAAAUGAGACUUCCUUCGUGGUUAGCCACCUGCUCCACAACCACAUCAACCACCGCCAUUUUAUUCUCCGUUGAACAAACCACGUCUCCCAAACAUCUAGUUUCCGACACUAGUAGCUCAUCUGAUACUCCUGACAGCGCCUUCUCUUCGUCAACAACUAGCGACGCCAGCAAUGUUAGCCUCCAGAGCAACCUCUCUCUCCAGACUCUUCCCUCCGUCCCUUCCCUUCAAAAGCUCACACCCGAAACUCUAAACGGUUCCAUCUCUUUUCUUUGUUCAAACUCUCUUCAUCCUCGCCCAAAGCUUCCAAUCACGUGCCUCGCCAUCCACGGCAAUCUCCUUUACUCUGCUUCCUCUCAUGAGAUCAAUGUCUACGAUCGUACCAGCUGCACGCUUCUCCAUGCGUUCAAUGAUGACGAUUCCUCUUCCGGUUCUGUCAAGUCCAUCUCCUUCUGUGAAGGAAAAAUCUUCACUGCUCAUCAGGACUGUAAGAUCCGCGUUUGGAAACUGACGCCGACCAAAGAGCACAAGUUGGUAACAGUUCUCCCCACUGUUAAUGAUCGUUUACGCCGUUUAUUUUUUCCGAAGAACUACGUCAAAGUCCGGCGCCGCAAGAAGCUGCUCUGGAUCGAACACGCCGACGCUGUUACUGGUCUCGCCGUUAAUAAUGGAUUGAUCUAUUCGGUUUCUUGGGACAGAUACUUGAAGAUAUGGAGAGCAUCUGAUCUCCGGUGUUUAGAGUCUAUCAAAUCACACGAAGACGCAAUUAACGCCGUCGCUGUCUCCGCUGACGGAACUGUUUACACUGGGUCAGCGGAUUGUAAAAUCCGGGUAUGGGGCAAGCCAUUGAACGAGAAGCGGCACGUGCUGAUAGCGACCUUAGAGAAGCACAAAUCGGCAGUAAAUGCAUUGGCUCUGAGCGACGACGGAUCAUUGCUGUUUUCAGGGGCAUGUGAUCGCUCCAUUUUGGUAUGGGAGAGAGAAGAUAGCGCCAAUCACAUGGCAGUGACCGGAGCGUUGAGAGGGCAUGGCAAGGCCAUUCUAAGUUUAAUCAACGUCUCUGAUUUACUAUUAAGUGGAUCAGCUGAUCGGACGGUGAGGAUUUGGCAGCAAGGCCACGAUGGAAAAUACAGUUGUUUGACCGUUUUGGAGGGACACCAUAAACCGGUGAAGUCAUUAGCCGCGGCAUGGGAAGGAGGAAGUAACGGUGUCGUAUCAGUCUACAGUGGCAGUCUGGACGGAGAAAUUAAGGCAUGGCAAGUCUCAGUUUCGAGACCUUGCAGUCCGGUUUCCCCGUAUCAAGUAAUCAAAAAUUAAAAUUUUGAAUAGUAAUAUAGAGGUGAAAAAAAAUAAAGAUUAAAAACAUAUAUGAUUUUUGUAUAUGAUUUAUGUGUGUUUAAUUAUUAAUUAUUUUCAUUAUUGUUAGCUUAA